GUUUGGAUGCCUGUUGGUGUGUGAUCAGCCGCAUCCUGCCUGGUGCCAAGGCUGUUGACAGUUCGUGUUGACUCAUUUAUUAUUGUCCCCUCCCCCAGCCUUUCGCGUUCUCGUGAACUCGCCCCUCUCUUUCACAUCAGUGGGACUCUGGUUGCGUGUUAAAUUGCAUCAAGAUCCUCUCACUGCAACGCGGGUGUUUGCCCAUUGAGUUCGUGUCCGGUUCUCGCGUCCGACCCCGUCCCGAUGGAUACCACCACCCCCGACCCCGUCCUCGUGGAGGGGCUGCCUCCCUCCCUCGUCCUCAGUGUUCCCUCGCCCACGGAGCCGGUCACGGAGACCACGGUGACCAUCAAUCCAGCCCCGGAGGACCCUUCAGAUCCUUCAGACCACUCAGACCCUUCAGACCCCGCAGACCCUCCCAUAAGCACCGUCCCCUCGGCCACGCCCGCUGAACCCACGUCUCAGGACGAACAGCAGUCAGACCCCCAGGAGGACCUCGUUUCCGACCAAAUCCAGCCUCCGGUGCCGGCCGAUGUUGUCCCCGCCGUCAAUGCAGCCCCCGAACUCGAGCACGCAUACUGGGCGGAGAUCGAGGAGGACCUCACCGUCCCCGAUGAGGGGGAGAUGAAGGAAAUAGAAUCCGCUGCAGAUGGUGAUUACAGCGCCUAUGAGUAUGAUUACUGGGAGAAGAACUUCCAUCCCGAGCUGGAGGAUCCCGAGUACCGCCCCGUGGAAAAGGCUCGCAUGACCUGGAAGAUCAAGGGCAUUCGAGGCACCCCUGAUGCCCCCAACCGGGCCAAGAUCAUGCGGUCCCCCCCGGCCUAUCUCGGGGGUUAUUGGUGGACAAUCAAGUUCUUUCCCCGCGGAAACAACGUCGGUUCGCUGAGCAUCUACAUCGAGUGCUCGACGACCAUGCCCACCGUGGACAAGUCUCUGCCGGAGACCGAGUUCAAGGUCAUCCAUGGCCCCGCAGAUGCUCCCUUAGAUGGUAGCACGCCGGAUGUAGACUUGAAAUUCCCUCAGACGGACGAUAGCACGGCCGACUGGCUGGAGAGUUUCAAGUCCCAGUACCCCGCGGCUGCUAACCAGGCAGCAUCCGCACCCAACAAGUCGUGGCGGGUCUCGGCCCAGAUUGGUGUCAUUCUCUACAACCCGGAUGAGCCGCGUACCGGGUGGAUGCAGUCGUCGUGCCAUCAGUUCAACCCCCACAACCUGGACUGGGGUUGGACUAACUUCCACGGCCCGUGGGACCACAUCCACCGCCGCCAGCGGGGCCAGCGCCAGGCCCUGCUCCGCAACGACACCCUGGCCUUCGAUGCGUACAUUCGCAUUGUCGAUGAUCCCACCCGUUCCCUCUGGUGGCACGCCAGUGACACCGAGCCGACCUGGGACAGUCUGAGUCUGACGGGCUACCGCCCCUUGGGUGACUCGGUCAUCAACCACAGCGCUGAAGUCGCCGGGCUGGCCACGUGGCUCCAUCUGGCGCCCUUCUGCAAGAUCAUCCAGAAGGCCAAUGUCCUUGAACACCUUACCAACUGCGAUGUCAAGCCUAAGCCACUCUGCGAUGCACUCCAGAAGUUUCUCUGGCAGCUGCGGUCGCGGAGUCAGUCCCUGCAAUAUGUCGACACCGACAUGAUCACCACCACCCUGCGGAACCUGCACGAGUAUUCCGGAGAUGUGUGCGAGUUCUGGGAGCGUUUGCGCCGGACCCUCGAGAUCGAGCUCGCGGGCACCGAUGCGGUGAAAGAGCUCGCACAGCUAUUCGACAGCCCCUCUCUCGAGUCGCUCCCAGCGGAAACUCGGGACCAGGAGGUGAUCAACACGAUCCCCCAAGAUUACAACUCUCGCAUCGUCGUCCCUGCCGACCAAGCAAAGACGACGACUGACGCAUUCAGUUGGUACUUGAGUGCGAAGCCGGGACGGUGGGUGCUCCCCCCCGUUCUCCAUCUGGAAUUGAGCCGUCAAAAGCUUGACAAGGCCGCCCGACAGUGGCGCCUGCUCUACAACCGGGUUGAUCUGGAUGAGGAAAUUGACUUGGCGCCGUGGCUGCUGGACGGUCAAUGCGGCAAGUACGUUCUGUACGGCUACAUCGUCCACCGCGGCCGACGCACUUCCGGCAAAUUCUUCAGUAUCCUCCGUCCCGGUGGUCCCGGGACCAGGUGGCUCGCCUUCGAUGACGGCAGCGACAACCGUGUCGAAUGCCUGACUCGUCGAACGGCCCUGGGCCCGCAUCUCGGCUUGGACGCAUCGCAGAAACCUGACCACAAGACCGGCCAUGAUGUCGCCAUUGCGGCGAUGUACAUUCGCAGCGAUCUGGUGCAGGACUUCUUGCCUGGUCCACAGGGUCCUUGGGAUGUUCCCGCCCCAAUGAAGGAUUACUAUGAGUCGGGUAUUUACCCCGUGCAGGCGGACGCCAAGGCCGAGACAGAUGAGAUCCAGGUCGAAGUCUACUCCCUGCCAAAGUACGAGCAGUUGGGCAGUCUGUUCGAUACGUACGAUCUGAUGUCGCAGGCUAAGUCGGAGAACAAUGUCAUGUACCUGACUGUUCCCCGCUCGUCUAACUAUGUUGAUCUUCGGAAGAAGAUCGCGUCGUGGGCAAGUGCCCGGACGGAGGAUAGCCCGUGUGCCGAGCAUGUGCGCCUCUGGCAGAUUGGUCACACCCGUGAUCAGUUUGGCCCUACCCUCGCCUUUUCUCGCAUCUCGGACUUGACCAGUACCCUGGAUUUCCCGUUGAAGACUGUCCGUUUCUGGAUGCAGGUUGUGUCUGAUGAAAACGCCAAAUUCUUCGCCAUCGCCGAUCCACCGCAGGCUGUUCAGAUGCAAGCCAAGCCCGAAGAGGCUGUGGUGGAGCGUGCUGCAUCUGAAUCCUCGGACAGACAGUCUGUUCAUGAAAUCGAGGUCGCGCAGGCGAGUUCGUCUGGAACAGUGACGGAAAGCGCUCUCGGUACAGAAAACGUCGCGCCUUCUGUUGAGACUCCAGACCCUCUGUCCGCCGACUCGAGUCCCCUUGCUGCCGUUUCUGCCACGGGGGAUGCCGAGAAUGACGCAGUGAUUGCUGCGAUCAUCGCUCAGGAUAUGCAACAGUUUGAGCCAGAAGGAGGGUCUGAAAUCCCUAUCCCUAUCCCAGAGCCCAGCGAUGCACCGAGCCAGGAGCUCGUCGAGGUUCUGACACCUGAGCCUCAGCCCGAGUCGAACGAUGAACCUGUCGCUUCGAUUGAGCCCGAGGUUCCUCAGCCCGUCGACCACGUCUACUACUUCAUCCAGAAGUUCGACGUGGACGCGCAAGCCUUGCGCACGGUGGGAUCCUUCUUCUCCAAGAAGGAAGAAAAUAUCAAAUCGGCUAUCCGUCGGCAUCUGAAGUUGCCUCCCAUGAAGGACUUCCAGAUCUGGCAGCGUGUCGACGGCACCACCGUGACGACCAUGUCGUCUGGCGAAACCUUUGAGACCUACGUGCCCGACGGUACCUCCUUCAUCGUCGGCGACAAGCUGACGAAGGACCGCCGCACCCAACUGAACACCUCCGCCCUCUUCGGCAACCCCGACCACCUCGUCCGCUACCUCUGGGCCUCCUCCCGCAAUCACCCGACCCGGGCCUUCACAGGCAUCAAAACCAUCGACGCCACCUUCACAAGCGAAUACUACAGCGGCGAGUUCAAAAAGGGCUACUUCCACGGCAAAGGCAAGCACAUCUCAGACCUGGCGGCCACCUACGUGGGCGACUUCGUGCUGGGCAAACGCACCGGCUCCGGCUUCAUGGAGUACCCCACCGGCGACACCUACGACGGCGACUGGUUCGACGGCAUCUGCCACGGCCAGGGCACCUACGUCGAGCGCAAGACCGGAAACAAGUACGUCGGCGGCUACAAAGACGGCAAGCGCCACGGCAAAGGCAUCAGCUACUGGGAGGUUGCGGAUGAGGAGAUGGACCUGUGUCAGAUCUGCUAUGGUGAGGAGCAGGACGCCCUGUUUUAUGAUUGUGGGCAUGUCUGUGCGUGCGUUACUUGCGCCAGGCAAGUGGAUUUGUGUCCCAUUUGUCGGAAGAGCAUUGUUAGUGUGGUUAAGAUUUAUCGCACUUAGGUGGGGUCAUAACAGACACCCAUAUACGCAGGUAUAUAUCGAGACAGGCUACGUCUGCCUGUCUGCUAAUAGGGACGUCACGUGUCCCUUGUUUGAUUGCUUGGUUUGCAUUUGGAGAAUAUUAUACAUACCCUG